CGCUUUCAAAUUUCCGAUAUGUAAACGCAAAUGAUAAGCUCAGAUUUGGGGAUGUAAUUGAGCUGCGUGGGCCGUGGGCGAGUUCCGCAAGCGAAGGAUAAAGCUGUAGUGAUGGCUUGGCUUCUGUGCGUGCUGGUGUGUGCGUUGUCUGCGCCUGCGCAGGCGGUGGUCGGCGGCAACCCAGCUGCACCGCCCGAGCCUGAUGCUGCAGUGGUGUUCACACAGCGCCAUGGCUUCAGCGCAAGGAUCGAGGGGAAUAAGGACGAUCGACUCGGUUAUUACACGUUUAGUGGUAUCAGAUAUGCAGAACCUCCCGUUGGCCCUAGGCGGUUCCAACGACCGGUUAGAAGGUAUCUUGCUGGUGAGAUCAAUGCUACAAGCAAUUGUCCGCCGUGUCCUCAGAUGGACCCAAGGGGCUCUGGAAGGAUCAUUGGGAAUGAAGACUGUUUGUGCCUUAACGUUUUUGCGCCGAAAAUGCCUGGAGAGGAACAAGGUUGUCCGGUGAUAUUUUUUGUCCAUGGCGGAAACUAUAAAACAGGAUCUAUUUCGCCUUAUGGGGGUCAACACUUUGUUCAACAAGACACAAUUCUAGUCACAGCUCAAUAUCGCUUAGGGUCCCUAGGGUUCCUAAGUACUGGACAAAGAGAUGCAUCUGGUAAUACUGGUAUUUUCGACCUUCGCGCUGCUAUGACGUGGAUAAAUGAUUACAUAGAAUUCUUUGGUGGUGAUCGCUCCCGAAUGGUAGUUAUGGGGCAAGGCACUGGUGGUAGGGCUGCAUCACUCCUGGGCUUAUCAUCAGAGACUCCAAGGGAGGGUCGAGCAGCUACAGGCGUAGCUGCUUUGUCUGGAGCUCCUCUUUCACCAGGCGCCAUUAAAUCUGACCCCAAGAAGCACGCGGAGGAGCUAGCGAAACGUACUGGUUGUCCACCAGAGCCCGCUGAAAGACUCGUCAUGUGUCUCAGGAAGUUACCGUAUGAGAAGAUUAUUCAGGCUGACCAAGAAAUUACUAUGAGUUUGCCCGAUACACAAGCAUUCUUGGACGAAAUAUCUGGAAGGUCAGGUUCGGGUGUUCGUGUAGAAGGCAAAGAGGACUAUCGUGGUCUCCCAACCUUUGUGCAAGAGUACCCAGGUGCAGCUCUAAAGAAUAAGCACCAAGUUGGUCCCAUGCUGACUGGUGUCACGUCAGCUGAAACAUCGAGAGCUGUUUUUGGAAAAUACGGGAAGUUCCUCACUGACCAACUAUCAUCUGUCCAAGACUUUAUAAAGAAGGAUAUUAUAGGAGGUCUCAAGAACACACUGCAAGAGGUACAAGCGCUGAACCCUCUCAAAUUGGCUGGAGUGCAAAGUGUACUUCCAUUGCCUGAUUAUUAUCAAGUUUUGUUUGAUAAGUCACUGGACACUAUUGACGGGUUAACUGAGAUUGCUGAAGCUACAGGUGACGCUCUUUUCAACUUCCCUGCAUACCAAAGUGUCAAGGAAUGGAAGGCUGGUGCACCGGCACUCAUGUACAGCUUCGAGCAUGUCGGCAAUUUGAGCAAGGGAUCGCAUUUUGUACCUGGCAUCGCUCUAACUCAGGAUGGAGAUGAGCCUGUAACUAACAAGCCACAAAAAGCCAAAGGCCCAGCCCACGGCGAUGAAUUAGCCUAUCUGUUUGAGCCUCUAGAUGAAAAUGGCAGGUCCUUAGGACAAAAGGUUUCACAAACGGAUGCUGAAGUGCGAAAAUGCUUCGUGGGACUGUUUGCACAAUUCGCAAGAAACUUGAAAGCAAAUGACACAAAGGACAACAAGAUUUUUGAUUUCCUUCCAUUUUCAAUGGCGCCUGAAGGAGAACAGUACUUGAAGAUCGGGGAAACAAUGUCACUGGAUAAAAACUUUAGGUUUUGCCAAAUAGGUCUAUGGGGAAAUAUAGCUGAUAGGCUAUCUGACGCACUUUGUAAGAAUUUCUUCGGUGAUAUCCUGAAGUUGCCUACGUUACUCCAACCCAUUGCGAUGCAAGUAGACCAGACUGGAAACAUUCCACUCGUCAAUCAGGGCUUGGGCAUUCUAAAUCAGAAACCAAAGACCAAAAAACCUCAAAGCUCUCCAUUUGGAUUAGGAAAUAUCAAUCCAUUUGGAAUGUAAAUUUAAAACUUAAAAAUUUCGAUGAUAAAAUAUUUUUUUAUGCAAA